AUCUUUAGUUCUUGGACGAAAUUCAACGUUUUUCGACGUUUGUUCUUUGCACCGGGCCCAAAAAAAACGCUUAAUAAGAAAACAAAAAAGAAUCAAAAACGCAAACGAAAAUGAGAAUGAUAUUGAAUAUGAAAAAACGCAACAAUAAAACAAUAAUUUGUUAAAUAAAUAAAUUCAUCGUUUUUUGAGGGAAAAAGUGAAAUUGCAUAUUAUGAAAUUGGUUUAAUAACAGGUGGUUUUUAAUUAUUUUUUGUGCGUGUUUGCUAGAGUUUUAUUAUCUUAGCCUUUUUUUUUGUGUUUUUUUUUUCCCAAAUCGACCUUUGCGAACUUAUCGUCGUAACCAGCAAAAAAAAAAAAAAAAAACAACAAAAUAAACAGCAAUGACAACAACAACGGGGGCUAAUAAUAAUUAAACAGCGUGUGUUGUUGUUGUGUGCUCACUGAAUAAUCGGUGUGUGCGUGCGACCGGGUAUCUGUGAGCGAGUGUGUGUGUGUGCUGUCUGGGCCAGAGUGUGUUUGUGUGAGUGGUGACUGCGAAGACGACCCGUCCAAUUGUCAACAUUCAACAGUCGAGGAGCAACACUUCAAGAGAUACUCCGUCCACCGUCCACCGCAGACCUUCAGAUACUCCAUAUAGCCCAUAUACUAUAUGGAUAUGGUAUAAAGUAUUCCCCGAUCAUCCGAUCGAUGCGAAUUGCAUGGGCCCAACAGCCGGCCCACCCGAACACAGUAAAGACGGCGAAAAAGAGGAAAAAAGUGCUAAAUCUGCAGUCGACGGCAACUUGAUCGGUUAGGAACAGAGAUUUCCAUGAACGGCGCCUACUGAGUGCUGCCACUGCCACUAUCCCCCAUCCGACCUGAACCCCACCGAUUUGGCUCCGGAUUAGCCGGGAUAUCCAAUACAAUCCCACUCCCACUCCCACUCUCACCCACAAUCCACGAUGCUGCAGCACACGAUGACGAAGCGCAAGACGCUGAUCAUCGCCUGCUUUGGGAUCGCAUUGGGCCUGUGCAUCGGCACCGUGCUGAAGAACUACCGGGCACUGGAGAUCGUGAAGCGGUGCAGCCUGCGGCCGACGAACCUCAAGUCGCCGGCGGAGAUCAUUGGCCUGCGGGAGGAGGACAGCAUCCAGAAUUCGCAGCGUAAUCUGGUCUUCGUGGGCGUGAUGACGGCGAAGAGCUUCCUGGAGGGCAGGGCGCGAGCGGUGUACGAUACGUGGGGCAAGGAGGUGCCCGGCCGGAUGGCCUUCUUCAGCUCGGAGGGCAGCUACUCGGAUGAUCUGCCGGUGGUGGGCCUGAAGAACGUCGACGAUCGCUAUCCGCCGCAGAAGAAGAGCUUCAUGAUGCUGUACUACAUGUACGAGCACUACAUCGACCGCUUCGAAUGGUUCAUCCGGGCGGACGACGAUGUCUACAUGGAGCCGGCCAAGCUGGAGCGCUUCCUGCGCUCCAUCGACAGCUCCCGGCCGCAGUUCAUCGGCCAGGCGGGCAAGGGCAACAGCGAGGAGUUCGGCCUGCUGUCCCUCGAGUUCGACGAGAACUUCUGCAUGGGCGGCCCAGGGGUGAUCCUGAGCAGCGAGACCCUGCGCCGCGUGGCGCCCCACAUUCCCACCUGCCUGAAGAACCUGUACAGCACCCACGAGGACGUCGAGGUGGGCCGCUGCGUGCAGAAGUUCGCCGGCAUUCCCUGCACCUGGAACUACGAGAUGCAGUACAUCCUGCGGCACAACUCAAGCGGCCGAAAUGCAUACACUGGAAAACUGAAACGGAAGGAGAUCCACAAUGCCAUCACCCUGCAUCCCAUUAAACAGGCGCCACUCAUGUACCGCUUGCACUCCUACGUACAGGGUCUGAAGGCCGAGGAGAUGCGCCAGGAGUCGCUGCUCCUGCAUCGGGACAUCAAGCGGAUGGCCAAGUAUCUGGAGGUUCCGGACGAGAGCACCUACAUGCUGCCCAGCGUCUCACCGGAAAGCGAUUCGGGCAAAAGGCACUUCCAGGACCACAACAUAUUGGGAAUCAGUCCGGAAUUGAACAAAUUCGUGCCCGGCAGCACCGAUGACCUGCUGGACUGGUCCUUCAUCGCCCGCAGCCUGUACUCGGCCAGCUCGGCCAAUCCCAAGCAGAAGAUCGACUCGGCGAUGCGGGAGGGCCUGGAGGACGUGAUCACCGAGGUGAUGGAGAACAUCAACAACUACUCCCGCCAGCGGGGUCGGGUCAUCGAGUUCCGGGAGCUGCUCUACGGCUACCAUCGGCUGGACGCGCUGCAUGGCCAGGACCUCAUCCUCGACCUGCUGCUCAUCUACAAGAAGUAUCGCGGCAAGAAGAUGACGGUCCCCGUGCGAAGGCAUCUCUACGUCCAGCGCGCCUUCACUGGCAUCUUUGUCAAGGAGUUCGACGAGGACUUCUACAACGUCACCCUGCAGCAAAGUCUCUUGGGCAGCCUCUUCCAGAACGGAAUGGCCCGGCUGAGCAGCCACUUCACGAUGCCCAGCGGACUGCUGCCGCCGACGCAGGACAAGAUCGUGUUCGUGCUGCCGAUCGCCGGGCGGCUGGGAACCUUCGAGCGCUUCCUGCGCACCUACGAGCGCGUGUGUGUGCGCGGCGAGCAGCACUGCGACCUGCUGGUGGUGAUCUUCGGCCCGCCGGAGGAGCUGGGCGACCACCUGCAGCUGCUCCACGAUCUGCACGGCAGGCAUGUGUACCAGCAGGUGAACUGGAUCCAGAGGAGCAGCGCCUUCUCGCGCGGCGUGGCUUUGGACGUGGCGGCCAGAUCCUCGUACAUCCGGCAGGAGGACAUCAUUCUGUUCAUCGACGUGGACAUGGUCUUCGAGGUGGCGACGCUGCAACGGGUGCGGAUGCACACGCAGCGCGGCAAGCAGGUGUACCUGCCCAUCGUCUUCAGUCAGUACGAUCCGCAGAGGCGAAGUGGUGGCUCUGGCGAGGAUGAGGCGCCACGGAUCGACGACGAGAGCGGCUACUUCCGGCAGUUCGGCUUCGGCAUAUGCGCCAUCUACAAGUCGGACAUCCUGGACGAGGACAUCAACGGCUUCGACAAGGACAUCACCGGCUGGGGCCUGGAGGAUGUCAAGUUCCUGGAGAAGAUCGUGCGGGUGGGCACGCGGCAGCGCGGCUUUCUGGCCAACACCGCCGAGGUGGCCAUGGACUACAAUGAGGCCGCCGAGCAGUGGCGCCGCCUGAGCGUCUUCCGUGCACCCGAUCCCACGCUCGUCCACAUCUACCACGAGAUCAGCUGCGACGUCCAGCUGGACGCCCCACAGUACAACAUGUGCCUGGGCACCAAGGCCAACUCCCUGGGCAGCACGCGCCUCAUGGAGCAGCUCUUCCUCAGCAGUCCGGAGAACAUCCAGUUUGCGGCGGACUUCAAUCGCCAGAAGCAACAGCAACAGCAGCAGCAGCAGCAGCAGCAACAGCCUGCUGGCCUGCUGGCCAGGUGAUCAUCCACAUGCAGUGGUCCCUCAUACCCGAUCCCCACCAGCGAUUCUGCCACAUAGUAUUAUGCUUAAUGUUUCCUAAACGAGUGCGUGAGUGUGAGCCAAGCGACCGAUAUGCCAAAUCAAUUCGUUCGUUAGUCCUUAAAGCUAAGUUAGACAUCUAAUGAUCCAUAUAUCCAUAGAUGGACAGUGAUGGGAUUGGUAUGGGUAAACUAGUAACAGUAGUAGUAUUUUUAUUAUUAAUAUAUCUUUUUUAACUUGUAGCAUUAGAAAGAACAUUGAAAUAAAUUAAAUUUAAUUAAAUUACAAAAUUAAUUAAGUCAAUGUCAAGAAAAAACAAUUGAAAAAUGUCGAUACUAUUUUAAAUAUUUGAGUUUAUAAAAAUAGUUAUGUGCAUAGAGGUCAAUUCUUCUAUAAUUUAAGUUACACGCUAUUUUAUUAAAGUAUUUCAAAAUUGAUUAGAGUAAAUUAAGACCUAAGUUGACCCAAAUAAAUAAAUACAUGUUGUUCCUAUGUAGACUUGCCUCAAAAAUAAAAACAGAGAAGUGAAUCAAUAAAUUACUUUAAUUAAUAUUUAAAAUUUUAUUAGACCUUAGAAAAUACUUUUUUUUAAUAUAUUAUAUAAUUUAAGUCAAGUAAAGGUAGUAAUGGUGGCAGGAGCAGAUCCAAAAAGCAUUUUUAAAAUCUUGAAAUUCUUUCUUAAUAUAUUACCUUCUAUUCCACCAACACUUUUCCCAUCACUGUAGAAAGCCAUGUAAUCAAUUAAGAUUUAAGUUUCCAUUCGAGCUGAUCCAUUUCGAGAAUUCUGUGGCAUUUCAAAAAUGCUUCACUGAAUCUAUAAGUAUUUUACUUUCUUCGACUUGAUUGGAAAAACUGUAUUCCACUAGCCAAAAACGUGUUGACAAAAAAUAUGCAUUCACAAGAAGUUAACUUAAUACUUGAUUUUCCACUCAAAUAAACACUUAACUAUAUAAGAGAUAUGUUUAUUUAAAAAUAAAACCAAACAUCUUUCAUUU